UUCAAAAUGCCCAAUUCCAGCUGAAUGCCUGCAAGCGUAUUAAUUCAUCUAUAUGUAGUGAUUAUAUUUAUGUAUACUGUGAAGUACCAAAUUCAGACUAAUCCGUUAGUUCUUGUUCCUUCUCGAAGAUGUCAACUCAAAUGUCUGUUUGGCGGGGUGACACUACAAUUCAAAUUACUGUCACGGGAAGGGUUGCCACAUACGGAACUUCUUGUCCAAUAGGGAUAAUGUGAGGAAAGUGUGAUUGGCCUAGAUAUUGAACGGACCAUGAUUGAAGAUUCAGAAGAAACUGAAGAUUACCACGUAGGCAGUCAUAGAGGAAGGAAGAGUGAAAGAAGAGUCACUGACCUAGACGCUAAACGUACCGUGAAGGAAGUUUCAGACAUGAAAAGCCGAGUGGCAAUUUUGCAACUUUGUGGUGGUGUUACAUGUCUUGUAAUUCAGCUUCCUUCUCUUGAUUCAAUGCCCAUAUCUCUCAAUUUUCUUCAACUACCAGAUCUUGCAUUUGUGGGCAUUGGAAUCAAAGAAACUCUUGCCAAGUUAGAGAAAGAGUAUGGGCCAGGAUGCAAUAAUGCCGUGGAAUUGGGUCCAUUGGCCGCCGGCGUUAUGCAAAUGCCUUACUUAGCUGCUUGUGGGGUGGACUUUCUGGGUCAUAUGGUCGAUUCACUGAAGCUUACCGGCGUAGUUUUUAGUGACGGGGGUAAAAUGCGUCUUAACAAGAAGCCGAUUAAAUAUGCUGCAGCAAAUCCUUUUGCCUACUUCAAGAUAGGGAGCAAGCUGUGUGUGGGAGCGGUGGGGAAACUCUCUUUUGUUUUGUAG